ACGCAAGGGGAAGGUGUGAGGGGGGAGGAAGACGCGCGUGGCGCGCUACGUAGGAGUUGGCUCCACCGGGAGUACGAGCUGGUGUUUACGAGGUGACCCGCUGGUUCUGUGAGAGGAUAGUGUUGCACUCCGAAGGGAGCGCUCACAAGAGGGGUGAGCCGGCGCGAAGGCUCAAGGACUGGUGUGGCUUGCUGGCUGGAGCCGAACGCUGAGCGCUGCAUCCGCAGGGCCGGGCGGGGCCCCGACUCGGUGAGGGUUGGGACCUCGCCUCCGGCGACCCCGGGACCUGGCGGGACCGUCCGGGGGCGGAGCUUGGCACCCAGGGGCGGGGCCUGGCUCUCUGGCCGGGAGGAUGCUGGUGGUGGAGGUGGCGAACGGCCGCUCCCUGGUGUGGGGGGCCGAGGCCGUGCAGGCGCUACGGGAGCGCCUGGGCGUGGGGGGCCGCACAGUGGGCGCCCUGCCCCGCGGGCCCCGCCAGAACUCACGCCUGGGCCUUCCGCUGCUGCUCAUGCCCGAAGAGGCGCGGCUCCUGGCCGAGAUCGGCGCCGUGACCCUAGUCAGUGCCCCGCUCCCGGAUCCGCGCCAACACAGCCUGGCUCUGGCAUCCUUCAAGCGCCAGCAAGAGGAGGGCUUCCGAGAGCAAAGCGCCCUGGCAGCUGAGGCCCGGCAGACUCGUCGUCAGGAGCUCCUAGAGAAGAUUGCAGAGGGUCAGGCUGCGAAGAAGCAGAGGCUGGAGCAGGAAUCAGGGACCAGCGAGAGCCAGGAGGACAGCGGGAACCCAGCUGAAGGAGAGAAUGAGGCCAACACGAGCCAGGCUUCUGGAGAGCACGAGCACGCAGGUGGAGGAUCUGCCUCUCCCCAGCCGGGGCCUUCAAAUGGGGUGGCCCCCUUACCCAGGUCCGCUCUGCUCGUCCAGCUGGCCACCGCUAGGCCACGACCCGCCAAGGCUAGGCCCCUGGAUUGGCGUGUCCAGUCCAAGGACUGGCCGCAUGCUGGCCGCCCUGCCCAUGAGCUCCGCUACAGCAUUUACAGAGACCUGUGGGAGCGCGGCUUCUUCCUGAGCGCAGCUGGCAAGUUCGGGGGCGAUUUCCUGGUCUAUCCUGGUGACCCCCUUCGUUUCCAUGCCCACUACAUCGCUCAGUGCUGGGCUCCUGGGGACCCCAUCCCACUGCAGGACCUGGUUUCUGCCGGCCGUCUUGGAACCAGCGUCAGAAAGACACUGCUCCUCUGUUCUCCACAGCCUGAUGGUAAGGUGGUCUACACUUCCCUGCAGUGGGCCAGCCUUCAGUGAACACCACAGACCUACAGGGAUGUGGCUGCAUCUGUGGCAAAAGCCUUUCUAGAUGGUCCCAAGCUCAUCUGUGUGUGGGAGGCUAGAACACCCUCGUGCCUCUCUCUCUCGUUAGUUUUUGAUUCCAGAAUUAUAAACACUACAUCCUUAUUAUGUCCCUUUCUGUUUCAAAGCACUUACUGGCUGUGUUGUUUUCAUAGUUACCACAGACUGGGUUUGAUUCAUCUCUGUUUUCUACAGGGCCUAAGUCCCAAGAGGUCUCAAUAAACUUGUCGAAUAAA